CAUAGGAAAAAGAAAGAGAAAGAAAAAUGGUUAACCCAAUCCCAACGUUUGCAAAGAAUGUAUGGUCCAAGUGGAACAUACGUGGUGUUAUCCUCGUUAGUCUCUGCUUGCAGAUAACUCUCAUCUUCUUAGCACCAUUCAGAAAAAGGUCUAGAAAAUCCUAUUUGGUUUUGUUGCUUUGGUCCACAUACCUUCUUGCUGAUUACACUGCAAACUUCUGUGUUGGACUCAUCUCCAACAAAUAUGGGGAUGAAGACACGCCCAUUUCCAGUGUCAACGACUUCUUGCUCGCGUUCUGGACACCCUUUCUGCUGCUGCACUUGGGAGGCCCUGAUACCAUCACUGCUUUUGCUCUGGAGGAUAAUGAACUUUGGCUCAGGCACAUGCUUGGACUCAUUGUUCAGGUAUGUCUAACUGCUUAUGUGUUCCUCUUGACACUGCCUGAGAACACUUUAUGGAUCCCUACAGCCCUGGUUUUCACUGCUGGGAUCAUCAAGUUUGCAGAACGGACUCGGUCUCUUCAACUUGCAAGUGUUGGCCACUUUCGACAAUCUAUAGUUCGCAAACCAGAUCCAGGUCCCAAUUAUGCAAAGCUCAUGGAGGAAUUGAAAUCUAGGGUUGAUGCUGGACUUCCCACCGAAAUAGUAACCAUGCCAGAAAUCUCAGAUGAUCCAUUUUUAGACAUUGAUGAGCCCGAAACAAGUGGUGUCAAUCCAGAUCAUGAACACCCCAAAACAGAUGAUGAAGUAGUUGGUGCCAUUAAUAACACUUCCCAACAAUCAGAUAAGCCAGAACCACAUGCUAAUGAUAAUGCACAGGACCAGCCCAACAAUGGAGAGGCUCAAGACGUAGAUGGUGCUCCCCCAAAAACACUUGAUGAUGAUGCUAAUGCCAAGAUCAAUGAUCAAGAAGUGCUAACCGAUGUGGAGGUAGUGAAGGGUGCUUAUGACUACUUCAACAAAUUCAAAGGGCUUGUUGUUGACAUGAUCUUCAGCUUCCAGGAACGUAGUGACAGUCGCAAUUAUUUACUCCAAAGAACAGCACUAGAUGCUUUGAGAGUAAUAGAGGUUGAACUCAACUUCAUCUAUCAAGCUUUCUACACCAAGGCAUCAGUCAUAACCAACAAGGUAGGUUUUUUCUUUCGAUUAGGGUCCUUUGCUUCACUCGUGGCGGCCUUGGUGGUUUUUGUUUAUGACCAAAAGCGUGGCUCCAAUCCCUUUGAUGUUAAAGUCACCUACACAUUACUAUAUGGUGCUGUGGCCUUAGAUCUCGUGUCCGCGUUCAUGCUCAUUUUUUCUGACCACUCAUUUGCAUUAAUUUACCCUCACAUCUCUAAAAAAAUUAGUGAUUCUGAUGGUGGCAAAGAAACAUCCAAAUUAGCCUCUAUUUUAAGUUGUUUCCUCAAGCUUAAGAGACCGAAAUGGAGAGAACAGAAGCUUAAGGAGCCAAAAUGGCUUCAAAAUAAGAGCUAUAAGAUAUUGUGUAGGUUCAUGUUAGUUCGUAGAUGGUCUGAGUCCAUUUCGGGGUUCAACUUGGUAUCGUAUUGCCUACAUAAGAGGAAACUACGUUUGGUGGAUAAUAAGGUGAUCGAGUACAUUGGAUUCAAAGAGCCGUUAGAACAAUGGUUAUGUGAGAAGAAGCAGCCAUUGCUCCAAAAGCUUUGGAUUUUUAUAUUUACCGAGCUGGAAAGAAAAUCUUCGGACGCAGAUGAUGUUGAAACUAUUCAAAGAAUAUGCUCUUCAAGAGGUGAGUGGGUUCUCCAAGAAGGCGAGUUACCGCGAAAGGAUCUAAACAAGUUGAUGUCUUAUGUGGAGCGCAACGAAGUUACCUUUGAUCAGUGUCUUAUUCUUUGGCACAUUGCCACUGACCUCUUGUUCUAUGCAGAUAAAGAUGAAGAGGAUGAGAGAAAAAAGAAACAACAUGAUGACGCCAAAAAAAAUGAUGCUCUGGAUCUCAAGAAAGGACCUAUAAGUGGUGAUGGGCAAAACCAUAAUGAAAAUGAUGAUGCUCAAGAUCUGGAGAAAGGAAUUAUUGAUAAGAGGCAGAAAAAUAAUGAAAUUGCUCCGGAUGAUCAUGUGAAGAAAGAAAGUUCUGAAGGGCAAAAAAAGAAUGAAAUUGCUCCAGAUGAUGUGAACAAAGGAAGUGCUGAAGGGAAAAAAAAGAAUGAAAAUGCUGGACAUAAAGAUGACCUUGUUAAAAAUGAUUUUGGAGAUGUUGAUGAGCUCAGGGAUUUUAGUAAGCUACUGUCGGAUUACUUGUUGUACCUUGUAAUCAUGCAACCUAACAUGAUGUCUGCUGUUAGGGGAAUUGCACAGAUAAGGUUCCAAGACACGUGUGCUGAGGCCACUAACUUCUUUAGCAAGAGGCAAAUGAUGGCAGAAGGAGAAAGAAAAAUGGAAGCACAGGGGAAAAAAAGAAAGAGAGACGAAGAAAAAGCACUUCAAAAAUCAAACACCAUGAGGCUCCCACCGGAUCAGCGUAUUGCUCUGCAGGCAAAGGACAUGUGCAAGACACUUUAUGAUGGAUUCAUUGAGUUCUUUAAAAAGGUGUUUAACAGCAUUAGCUGUCGUCGAAACUUUUUCCAAGUUAAAGAAGAGAAUGGAACAGAAAAGAGUGACGAGCAGGAGGCAUGCAUGAGACUCCGUGAAGUGUGUGUUGAUCAUGAACCCUCAGCUGUGAAGGGAGAUAGGAGUAAAUCUUUGUUAUUUGAUGCCUGUAAACUGGCCAGUGUUAUAGACGGUUUAAGAUUAGAAGAGCCAGACAAAUGGAAAAAGGCAGACAAAUGGAAAAUGAUAGCACAAGUAUGGGUGGAGUUAUUGUCAUAUGCAGCAGCUAAUUGCAUACCCAUUACCCAUGUCCAACAACUUAGUAAAGGUGGAGAGUUCCUUUCCCUUGUUUGGCUAUUGAUGACUCAUUUAGGCCUUGCCAAGCAGUUUCAAAUCAAGGAAGGCCAUGCGAGGGCAAAAUUGAUAGUAGGUGAAGAAGAACAGAUUGAACAAAACUUAGCUAAAACUAAACAAUAACUUAGUUGUAAUUUGUUACUUAAUUCUUUCCUUGUCCUAAGACCUGAAGAAGUAAAAGUCCUUGUUUAUUUUCUGUA